CACAUGUCUUGCUCAAUGUUUUUGUGUUAGCUCUCCUGCUGCUGUGAAGUAAAGUCCACACAAAAUGGAAACGGCAGGUGUAGUAGUUAGUAUUAUAUGUCUUCUCUUUGCCUCGGUAACGUGCUCAGAGUCGUCACCCAGGCAACUGAAUACGGAAAACAUCUUGAUAAACGUGACAGCAGGGACAGUGGCGGACACACAGUUGCAGGAUUCUAACAACUUGCAGAUCAAUUUAAACAUAUCAGUGGGUGAAGAGCAGGUGCUGGUCAAUGACAUCCCAGUGGAGCUGUCGGGGGUCACCAGGUUCAACUGUCAAGCACUUCUCUUAGACAGUGUCAAUGGGAGCAGUGACUUUGAAUCUGGGGACUUGGUUUCCACUGUCACCCGGGUGAUGGUGAGCCAGAAUCGUCUCUACAGUGACUCAGAGGAGGUGGUGGCUCUGCAGGUGUUCAGUGAAGUCAUAGAGAUGGAGGGCAAAGAGGUCCAGCAGCCUGACAUGUGUGAGGUGAAAAUACUGAUGAGCCCAGAUUUCCAGAAGCUGGCUCAGUUUACCAACAUCUACCCCAUCGGACACAGUGAGAUCUUCAGGGUUCCCAGGGAGAACGAUGUGGUCGUCACAGAUCCACCAAAUCCCAGAAAAGAUGAAGAACAGCUGAUCACCCAGACCACCAGCCAGUACCCCCUGAAGCACACAGAGACCACCCAGGAGGAGACUGCAGCCCCAGGAAAGCUCCCAGAGACUCCGCUCCGCAUGGACCCCGACCUGCUGUAUGAUGUCAGAUACGAUGAUGAGUUUGAUGACAGAGAGCCGAGCCAGCCGGAUCAGAUUCAGAUGGAGACUCCGCCCAAAGAAAUCGUAUCAUCUUACUCUGCCAUGUGUCAGUGGGUGGAGGAAGUCAGAGAGCGUCUGAGGCGCUUCAGCUCCGAGUCGCUGCCUCUAUUCUUCCUGGUCAUGUGGGUGGUGGUGAUCGGCGUCGUCGGAUCAGCAGUCAUUGUCAAGAUCUUGGACAUGUUCUUCCCAACUUGUGAACACAAGCACAUUUUUCACCUAAACCCUGUCACUCUCAUGCCAGAGGAUGAGAAGCACACUCUGCUGGAGAACGUAGAAAUAGAGGCAGAAGAAGAAGAAGAAGCAGCAGAGAAGAAGCCUUGAGUGAGGAUGACUUGGCCGGCUCCUUUAUUUUCAGUUUGUUCUUAUUUGUUCUUUGGUUACUGUUACACUUUCAGCAUGGCCUGGUUUUGUCGCUAGUUUAUAUUCCGAUUUGUAAAGCAGUUUUUUUUUUAACUUCAGUUUGCCCUUUAAGCACAAUGGCCGUGGAGCAGGAGGUGGUUUAAAGCCAUUUGACUGACAAAACUCAAUUUGUUGCCAGUCCACUUCAAAUUUAAUCACGUGAUCAAAAUGGAAAAAAGAGUGAGUGAUUCAUCGUGCUGAGUCUCAGCUGUGAAGGCUCUGAGAGCUGGCGGAUCGAGUGUUGGUAAUCUAGCAGUGUGUCAGCCUGCGUCUGUGCUGUCAGCUCAGUGUUGCACAGAAAACUCUUUGCUCCUGUGAUUGGUCAGAUAGAGUUUAUGGAAAGCCACUUGAACCAAGUCACACAUGACUGUACUUUGUUACUUGCCUUUUAAAGUAACUAGCAAUGUAACAAGUUACUUCUUAGAAGAAAUGACCUGAUUGAGUACUUCUGCUUCACCCUCUUCCAAAACCUGCCGUAGCAACACGGUUUGUUCUUCCAGAUUUGUCGUCAAUAUUGUUUUAAAAUGUAAAGCAAGAAGCAAGUGUCAUAUAGAUCUAUAAGUAGGCAUGGGGCGAUAGAACAAUGUCAUGGCACGAUUUUCUGAACCAAAAUAAUUGUGAUUUACAUUAUUAUCCCGAUAAUCAUCAAAAUAUGUUUAAAACUCUGAAAAUUGCACUUAAAACAUACUCUCUUUAAUCUCUUUACCUUACAUAUUGAAAUAUAUAUAUAUAUAUAUGUAUUUAUUUCAUCACAGAUGCAUCUUUUUUUAAUGAUCAACCUUUUUUGUGAAGAACAAUCUUUAAAGGCCAGGGUUUUCAACUUUUAAAAUGGCAUCACAUCUUUCAAUUUGAAAUGCGCCAAUGCUUAAGUUCACUUCGGUUUUUUGAGGUUUGUGCGUAUUAGGGAUCGACUGAUAGGGUUUCUUCAGAGCUGAUUCUGAUACCGAUUAUUAGUAAUCAAGGACACGGCCAACAGAUAUUUGGAACUGAUAUAUAUUUGAAGUAAAAAUAAAAUCUUAAUCUCAAUAUUUAACAUAAUACGAACUCCACAACUUCAACACAAAGCUUUGUUUAAAUGCCUUAAAGCAAUCUAUGUUCAGUUUCUUUGCUCGCAUUGCAGUCUGUCUUCCCUGGUGUUAGUAUGUGUAAUACUCCAAUGGGCCGACUGCACUUUUAGAAACUUUUCUGCAGGGCAACAGAGCAGCUACAGUUUCUGUCCUUGCCGACUGUGGUGCAGUACUACUCAGCUAUCACUCUUGAUGUGUAACCAGUCGUGAAAGUAAAAAAAUAGUGCUGUGGGCUGGACAUUGAGCCAGGCAACAGAGUGGUGACUGCAGACAGACGCAGGCGGCCGCAUCAGAGCCAAAGUAGCGCAUUUUUCAGUUAAUUUAUUCAGUCGCUUUUCAGAUGAAAAAAAGAACGAUUCCAGUAAUCUUAAAAAUGCGCAAUAUCAAUUGAUCCUCAGUGCGUAUGCCAGUUUUUGCGGAGUCUCUUUUAUUGUUGGACACGAUAUUCACGAUCAUCCCAAUAAUGGAAAUUCACCACCAUAAACUCAGUGUUUUGUUUUUUUUUCUCUUUCUUUUUUUUUUAAUCACAAUCUGCGAUAAAAUCCAGUAUCGUCCUAUCCCUAUUUAUAAGAUCUGUAAGUGUUUUUUAUUGCAUUCUUGACUUUGGAAAUAGCACUUGACAAAACAAUCUCACCACAAAAUCCUUGUAUCAGCCAUUUCUAUGGAGAUCAAAUAAUAUCAAUGAAGGCUUAGAAUUCAAAGGAAUAGUUCAGAAAUUCGGGACAUAUGCUUAUUGGCUUAUUGAUCGAUAGGACGUAAGGAUUACGUUAACGACUUUCUCUGGAUCAGUGACUCGGAUACUUUCAACCAACUCAAAUACAAAGUGUAGACGAGACAUCCUCAUAGUCCUAAAAAUGGCAGGUUUUGAGGACACAGAAGAAGAGCAUGUAGAAGCACUGUAGGUUUACCAGAUGAGUAUGAACAAACUGAACACUUAAGGGGCUGCAUUCAAUGAUUUACAGUCUUUAUGUUCACUGAAGAGACUUUCUCUACGUAGCAGUCGCGCACAGGCCACCCUUUCUUCUCACAGUUUUUUCCUCCAAAGUUAACCCCCACUGCUGACAAAAAAUGUGAAGAAAACUAAGGCAGCAAAUGCACUAUGACGAGUUUAUACAACAUAUUUAACAUGAGGCAGGCAAUGUCUCCUAUGCGUCAUCCUUUAAGUGAAGACGAAAAAGCCAUUACAUUUGAGUCCGUUGUUCCAGAUUCAAAUAUAAAUGAAGUCAUAUUUAAUCUAAAAGGAAAAAGAAGCAGAUCUUGUGUCCGCACGUUCAGUGAAAACGGUUUUCCUCGCACACUUCUUUCAAACUCUUAAUGUCGUUACUGAUGAAACACCUCCCUCUAAGGCCUGCUGCCCACUAUUAAGGCUCGUAUAUUGAUUGUCUUUCUUCACAGUGCCUCUGUGACUGUCUUUGGGACCCAAUCAGUGAAGGGGGGAUUAUGUAUUUAAUUUCUUUGACUGAUAAUGCGUGUGGUUUCCUGUUACUAAUCAUGUAGAAUGUAAGUGAGGUUGUUCGGAUUGUCUAUGCACUCCAGAAGACAAACUACUGCUGAUGUAAAGUACAGUGUGUGCACAAGUAAUGACCACAAAAUCAACAUGUAAAUUAUCGCUAAAGGAAAGAAUCUGCACUUAGUUUUGAAUAUUGGAGUGAAAACUUGACUUCAACCUGCAUGGAUGUUUUGUCUUUUCUUUCUUUUUUAAAGUGAUUCAGAUUAUAAAUCUUGCAGGUGUCACUCCCAAUGUUUCACUAGACUGUGUGAGGGACCAAACAAGUGGGCACAAGGUUUAAAAAAAAUGAUCCAAAAAGUUGGUUUUAUUAACCCAAAACUCAAGUCCAAGUGUUUCAACAUAGUUUUUGUGUUAUUUGUGUUUCUUUCAAAAACAAACACCCUCACAACAUCAGCUUGUGCACCUUAGAACAGCUGAGGUCGUGAUUUAGUUUCCCCAGGGUUCAGUUUAUCUGCAGGAUGCAUGACGUAUUGCGUUAGCAAAAGGUGCAUGUGUAGUCUAGCUAGUGAAUGCAGUUUGCUGCUCUGUCAGCAAGUUAAACUUUAAAACUAGGGAGCAGCAUGAUGACUUUAAACAGCUCAACCUGUACCGGAUUCAGCCUCAAAUUCCAAAUGAAGUCAACACGACAAAGUGCUGUAGAUGACACUACAUUAGCCUGUAAGGCAGACAAUAUGCCAGGCAUGAAUUUUCAGAUGUGUUGCUGAAGAAUAAAACAACAACAGAAAUAUA